ACCCUGCUUUCUUGUGUUCGGGUUUCUGCAUUCGUGAGUUCGCCGGCUUGUUGGUAUUAUUAUUAUUAUUGUUUUAUUGUUGUUGAAAAAUGCGUUGGAUUUACGCUUGUUUUGUUAUCAUACUGUGCGCGCUAAUCUUUUGCGAAUACGUGGCUGAUUUUGUGGUAUUGCAAAAGUGCAAAUGGCCAGAAAUUCGACGCAAAAAGUAUGUGGACGAUCCACUGAGAGCCAUGGUUAUCGCAGAUCCCCAUUUGUUGGGUCCACAUCGUGGACAUUGGCUGGACAAAUUGUACCGCGAGUGGCACAUGACACGCUCCUUCCAGGCAGCCUCGAGGCUACUCCAGCCCGACGUGGUAUUUGUGCUAGGGGACUUGUUUGACGAGGGCGACAUGGUCAGCGACAAACAGUUCCAGGAGUACGUGUGGCGUUAUCUGCAAAUGUUUAAUCUACCUGCAGGUAUUCCACUCAUCAGCAUAGUUGGCAAUCACGAUGUCGGAUUUCACUACAAAAUGCAUCCGUUCUUUAUGACGCGCUUUGAGAGUUACCUAAACUAUUCCAAGGUGCACUUGUAUACGAUUAAGCAGAUACACUUUGUGGUUGUCAAUUCCAUGGCCAUGGAGGCGGAUGGCUGCAUGUUCUGCACAGAAGCUGAGUCAGCGCUAAAGAAUAUAUCGAGAACGUUACACUGCAUGCAACAUCCACACGAGGCGGAAUGCGCACGCACACGUCGUCAUCCGUAUAGCCAGCCCAUUAUAAUGCAACAUUUUCCCACGUACCGCAUCUCAGAUAGGGUGUGUCGGGAGCACGAUGCACCCCACAUUGAGGCAUUUCGGGAGCGUUACCAUGUGCUCUCCAAAGACGCCACCGAUAUGCUGGGCGAGCUACUGAAGCCGCGGCUUGCCUUUGCCGGACACUCGCAUUAUUUCUGCCACAACAUCAAUCGCUUGGGCAUCGACGAGUACACGGUGGCCUCCUUCAGUUGGCGCAACAAUGUGAAUCCCAGUUUCAUGCUGGCCACAAUUACGCCAGAUGAUUAUGCUGUUUUCAAGUGCAAGAUGUUGCCACAACAAUUCGUAUUCAAUAGCUAUGUGAGUGCCGGAGUUGCGUGUCUUGUGCUGAUUGCUUUCCAGCUGCGAAAGUACUUGGUUAGACGGAGUCCAGCGACGGAGGAGUCAUCGCAACAGCAUCAGAAGCAUCACUAACUGUAAAUAUGCAUAGCAGCAGAGAGUCAGGGAUUCUCAUUUUGUGAUUCAUGGCCAAAUUAGGGGCUUAUUUUAGGUAGCAUAAUGCUAGAAAUGUGCUCUUGCUCGCAAAUUAUGUAUCAACUUUUCAUAUCAAACGCAACGGCAUUUUCUGAUAAUCGUAUAUUUAGUAUAAAUAUAUACAUAAAUAUAUAUACGUACGUAUAUUUAUUACAUUUUUAUCACAGACAUAAUGCUUGCUAAGUCACACGGAAUCCACACAUUCAAUAUGAGACACAGUCUGCCGACUAAUUGAUUGAACAAACAAAAAUGCCAAAGAAA